AUGGACUCUGGUGGCGGAGCAGCCGGUGGCAGCAGCAACGGCGCAGGCCAUGCGUCUGCUCCUGCCGGUUCUAGAUCAGAAAAUUCGAAGGGUUCCCGCGGCGGAAGGGGACGUGGAGGCCGAGGCCGUGGACGUGGUGACUCUAAGAGCGGUCGCGGCGGUGGCGAAGGGCAACAACGUGGAGGUCGCGGCAAAAGAGGUGGAGGACCAAAUGCGCCCUCGGGCAACAGGGCGGACGGUGAGCCAAAGGAAGGCGCUCCGGCAGGCUCUCGGGCCAAGGCUCAGACAUCAAAUGACGACGAGGCCGAUGAGGAUGGCGAGGUUUGCUUCAUUUGCGCCAACCCUGUCACUCACAGCUCGAUCGCACCAUGUAACCACAUCACCUGCCACAUCUGUGCAUUGCGCAUGAGGGCGCUCUACAAGAACAAGGAGUGUCCGCACUGCAGAACACUGGCACCAUUCGUCAUUUUCACCGAUGAUGUGACCAAGCGCUUUGAUGAAUAUGGCGACGCAGACAUCACAAGCGCCGACGAUAAUAUCGGCAUCAGGUACACGAGCGAAGAUAUUGUCGGAGACACGGUCCUGCUGCUCCGAUACAACUGUCCGGACCCAGACUGCGACUUUGCCGGGCUGGGAUGGCCGGAUCUGCAUCGGCACACGCGGUCGGCGCACAACAAACGCAUGUGUGACCUCUGCACGCGCAACAAGAAGGUCUUUACCCACGAGCAUGAGCUGUUCAGCGAUAAGGGCGUUGGUGAGCACAUGCGCCGGGGUGACGAUAAGCCGGGCGCAAUAGACCAGACAGGCUUCAAGGGCCAUCCGUUGUGUGCAUUUUGCGGCGAGCGCUUCUACGACGAUGACAAGCUCUACGAACACUGUCGACACAAGCACGAGCGCUGUUUCCUCUGCGACAGGAGAGACUCGAGACAGCCACACUAUUACAGGGACUACAAUGCUCUCGAGAAACAUUUCAAGGACGACCAUUUUCUCUGCGCUGACCGCGAGUGCAUGGAGAAGAAGUUUGUCGUCUUUGACACCGAGAUGGAUCUCAAGGCGCACCAGCUCAGCGAGCACGGCAACAAUCUAUCCAAAGAUGUUAGGCGAGACGCGAGAGUAGUAGACAUGGCCUCUUUCGACUAUCGAUCGUCUUAUCAACAUGAGAGGAGGGGUGGUGGUGGAAGUGGAAGCGGCAGAGAUGGUGGAAGGGAGGGACGGGGAAGGGGACGUGAUCCAAAUGCAGAGCCGUUGCCAGUCAGUUCGGCGCAGCCAAUGAGACGGGACGAGAUUGCGUUCCAACGUCAAAUGGCCAUUCACUCUGCCCAAUCUGUCACAUCUCGCACCUUUGGCGGCCAGCUCUCGCAGCCGUCGGCCUCUGCUGGACCUACCGCUAGUCAAUCUUCUCGUCAAGGGGGCGCUGGGCGUGGCCAGAGCUCGACACAGCCGCAACCAUCCGCCGAUGCCAUGGCUACCCUCUCCCUCACAGACGUGGCAAACCUUACACCACAAGACCACGCUCGUCUCGCCCGUCACGGAGCCGUCAUUGAGCGCGCUAGCAACCUGCUAGGCAACGACUCAACCAAGCUCAACCGCUUCCGACAGCAAAUAUCGUCAUAUCGCCAAGCCGCAUUGACGGCCCCACAACUUGUCGAUGCAUUUUUCGCCUUAUUUAGCGAUACCUCAUCCAAUGCACUCGGCACUCUUGUUCGAGAAGUAUCUGAUCUCUUUGAUGACCGUGCCAAAGGAGAGGCUUUGCGCAAGGCAUGGCAGGAUUGGCGAGCCAUCAAUGAGGACUACCCAUCUCUUCCUGGUCUUGGCGGCAUGCAUGGCGCCACGACUUCCAGCAGCGGGUGGGCGAAUGCGGCUGUUGCAAGCCCGACUCAGAUGUUGGGAGGUGCGCAGAAUCAGGGCCAGAAUUCGAGGCACACUACCAGAGUUUUGAAACUCAAGAACAGCACGAGGCGGGGAAGCAUGUCAAGUAUUACAUCUUCCACACCCUCAGUCGGUGCCAGCAACUCAGCCUCAGUCCCUGGCGCGAACUGGGUAAGCGGUAGUGGGUCCUCCUCUACAGCGUCUAGGAGACCGGCGGCGUCGACGGGGACAGCAUCGGCAGCUUUUCCUGCACUGCCUAGCGCGCGACAGAGCGGAACUCGCCAGGGGGCGCAGCCAUCCUGGAUUGGCGUGCCCUCGCUGUCGGCAUCAUCAGGUGCGAACCGUAAUUCUGCUCCGGCCGCUCGCCAACCUGCUCGGACGGCUGCAUCAAUGGCAUCGGGUGGCGCACCACCGACGCGACGCACCGCGGCCGGUGAGGAUGCAUUCCCGGCCUUGCCCGCGGCUCCCAAACCUCUUACCACUAUUUUCGGCUACGGAACCGGGGCGGUGAGAAGGGAUAUGGGUGGAAGUAGGAACACUGGGUUCUCGUGGGGCGGUGGCAACGGCGAAGCCGAGGGUUCGGGCAGUGGGGCAGGAACCGGGUCUGCCGGCGACGAUGGCAACGGGUCUGGACAAGGAGGCAAAAAGAAGAAGCAAGGCAAGAAACAAGUCCUUGUGCAAUGGGGAUAA